AUGUUUUCCUCUCCUUUCGGGUUUUUGAUUGUACUGUUUGCGUUUGCUAACUUAUUUGUCUGCUAUUUAAGCGAUGAAUUUGAAAGAGUUGAGUAUGAUCAAAAAUUGACAAGAAUCAAAUAUUAUGAUUCUCCCAAGCAUAUUGAUAAAGACUAUUUAUAUAAGCAUGUAGCCAAGCCAAUAUUUCAAGAAUUAAUCGUGACCGUAAAAAUCGAUAAAAAUGACCCAUCUAACGAUGUAAUAAGUUUAGCAAAAAAAAAUAGUUAUAUAAAAAUAGUAGGAGAUUGGGCUAAAUAUCCAAAAAUUAAGGAUAAUAUGAUAUGUUUGGCAUUUGUACAAAAAAAACAUGUAAAAGGAAAUAAACAACAACUAUGUUCAGACGCAGAUUUUACAUCAAAGGAUACUUACAAAGUAUGUUAUAAAGAAAAUAACUAUUCUAUAAAAAGUUUAUUUUUAUACUUUGAAUUAUCUCAAAGUUAUUUUAAGAAAUUGUUUUCAUCAUACAAUAUACCAGUAAUAGUUAAUAUAGAUAAUACGAUAGUUAAUUAUACUAAUAAUAAUAAUGUAAAAGAUGAAAAACCAGUUCUAGAUUUAUUUGUAUGUUAUAAAUCUGAUAUUGAACCCCCUUACUGUUUAGGAAAAGUUAUAUUUAAUUCUUAUCCAAAAGAUAUAGAAAAUGAUAUGAAUGAUUAUAAUACUAUUUAUACUAAAUCAUUUUUAACGUCCAAUUGGGACUAUUCAAUUUUUAUUCAAGCAGAAUAUUUAACGAAAUAUAAUAGAGUAGCAUUUUUUAGAAUACCUCAUGAAAUUAAUAAAGAUAAUGAAAAAAAAAAUAAAUGUGCACCAUUUUGGAAUUAUGCUAUAUUAGGUUCAGGUCCAACAUAUAAAUUAAUAAGAGACCCCAAAUCUGUAAUAACAAAAAGUGGUAUACAAUACUUUUUUACAAAUAAUAAGAACAAGCCUCAUUAUUAUAUACCAUAUAUUAAAGAUAGUGACUUACAAGUUAAUGAUAGUUAUGCGAUUUGUUUAUAUUCUGACGAAAAUGAUUUUGAAGGAAUAGAGCUCGUAAAUGUACACUUUUAUAUUAACAUAGCAGAUUCUAUUAUUAUAAUAUUUUUAAUUAUUUUUAUCAUUGUGUUUAUACCACUUAUUUUUUCACUAACCUAUUUAUGUGCCAUCUUAAAAAUUAACAAUCUUAAGGUAAAAAUGCAAAAAUUAAAAUUAUUAAACAGAAAAGAUGAAAUUGAAGAUAGGCUUAAAAAGGAAUUAAAUUUGAAUCAGUACGAAUGCGCAUAG